AUGUUUAGAAGACCUACGUGUUGCCUGAGCAACUUGAGCUUGGGAAUACAUGGGCGAAAGGAUCAGAGGUCUUAUGUGGCAGCGGACACGAAGGAUGUUGACCAGUCCGUGUGGCCGCAUGGUUUUCGAAUCACCGUGGUGGACGCGAUCCAUGAAUGGAGAAAUGGUGAGAGCCCUGUGGUGUUGAGGAAGGCCAUGACCAAGAAGGAGCUCGAAGAAUGGAAGGCUCAUGUUGAAAGGGGACAUUGGCCGUACAGAAGAGACUGUUCGGUUUGUUUGGCUGCCUCGGGAACGGGAAGACCAGCGAGGAGGGUGAUUCAUAGAGACGCCUACGUGAUGAGCCUGGACAUUGCAGGUCCGUUUGCGGACAAAGGCAGAGAUGAAGUUCGUGGACGAAGAUACAGAUUCGUGCUUGCGGCGACCUAUCUCUAUCCGAAGGUCAGGGAAGUGCCCGAGGAUAUCCCCAUUCCGAAUGAGGAGGAGGCAGAGGAAUUCCUCAGAGAGGAGGAGGAAGACGAAAUGCAACCACCCGAAGUUGGGGAUGAUCCAGAGGUUGUGGCCCAGGAGGGGGAAUGGAAGAAGAAGGUUGCGGACCUUAGCAAGCCGAUCGAGUUGCAAAUGUUGCGGUUUUGUAUUCCGUUGGAGCGGCACACUGGCAAGGAGAUCCUCGAGUGCAUCCAGGAUCUGUAUGUGCAGCUUAGGGCGAUGGGUCUACCGUUGACAAGGAUCCAUAGCGAUCGAGCUCGGGAGUUCAGAGUCAAGCCGGUUCGAAAGUGGUGUCGAGACCGCGACAUCUACCAGACGUUCACUGAGGGACUUGCGCCUACUCAGAACGCGGUGGCAGAGAGUCAUGUGAAGUGGCUCAAGAACAAGGCGAGGGUACACCUCAAUGAGAUGGAGUUGGACAAGGAGCUGUGGCCGUGUGCGAUGAAGCAUGCCUGUUUUCAGCACAAUGCAAGACAGCUCGGGACAAAGGUGGAGAGCGUCAAGUUUGGUUCCGUUGUCUGGGUGAAGUCCAAGAAAGAAAGAGGACCGUUCGACCCGAAGUGGGAACGAGGCAAAUAUAUGGGUCCAGCAGAUGAUGUUCGCGGUGGCCAUGUGAUUCGCUUGGAUGAUGGUCUAUGGCUUCGUACGCUGCGCAUGAGGACUGUGAGGGAUGGCGAAGUGGAGUUUGAAGAUGAAGAGCACGUUGUGGACCUCAUUGAACCUACGAAGCGGGUGCGGGGAAAAACCAAGCUGAGCGAUCCUGAGGUGCGGGCCAUCCGUAAGCAAGAGAGGAACGCGUUGGUGAAGGAGCUGUUGGAGUCCAAGAUAUGGGAUUCACCUCAGGCCAAAGUGGAGAGACCUCAGAUGAAGGAUGGCGAGAUUUGGGAUGGAGCCGCAUACAUCAACUUGGGAGCCUACCAACACGGUGGGAUCACAAGUGUCGCCAGGGCGACCGAGAAGUUCAACAAGGAGGAGGGGGAUGAGUUCCGGGGCAAUUAUCAUCCUAUGUGGGUGGCUGGAAAGGAAGUAUCAGGUCAGAAGUCGAGUGUGGAGCUUCCAAACAAAGUGCGCCCAGAUCGACUACAUGCACCGCUACGGGGAGAAGAUGGAGAUCGCAUUGUGGUCAUAGGUUACACGGUGAGCAAAUGGGAAAAGCUUAGCCAGCACCAAUGUGAUGAUUUGGAGGAGAUGAGCUUCGUAUUGCCAGAGAGGGAGCCGGUAGUCAAGAUGAUGAAUGCCGGUGAGAGGAGGAGACCACCUACACCUCCAAUUCCAGAGCCCGACUCUGGGAACGUGGUCCAGAAUACUGGGACAACAGCGAUCCCAACGACCGGAGUUACCGGAACGACUAUGGCAUCGGGAGCAAGCUUCUUGGGACCUGGGUCGUCAAGUGAGUCUACUCUUCCAAGGCCGGUGUCUGAAGAUCGCAUGGACGUGAGCUCUGGCACCCCAGCACUUCAUACACUACAAUCUUCUUCGUCAGGGUCAAGGUCAGGUCAAAGAGAGUUUCUUCCGGAGAUGGGCGGCGAGCUUUUGGACAGUGUGGUUGUCCCGGGUGGCCGUGUGGAGCUCAGGCUGAAGUGGGCCAUCAAGUAUAUACCCGACUUGGCCAGUCAAGGAGAGGAGGUGGUGAUGACGUCAGCUCCUUUAUUACCGCUUGCACACGAUGAGGAGGAGCGGAUGAGGAGCAGAGUCACGUGGCUAUCGGAGUUUGUGGAAGAGGAGCGGAAGAUCAAGGCCAGACAAGCUGAGCGUGGCGAGUACGCUACACAACGGGAGCGACAGCUGUUCUACAAGCUGGAUGAUGCCAUCGACUACAUGAACGAGAUCUUGUGCUUGAGUCAUCAGGCAAGGGAGCAAGCAACCAUGAGCAUGAUGAAGUUGAUGCAGGAGACCGAGGCCACUCCAGAGAUCGAGGAGAUGCUUCAGGCCUUGGUCAUGCCGAUUGACACCGUGCAUGGUGUAGAGCUCCAGGAGGUGAAGCGUCAUUUGGAAAGGUGGCGAGAGAGCAUUCAAAAAGAGAUCGAAGUUUUAGAGACAUCUGGCACGCUUCGUCGUAUAUCGUUGUCAGAAGCAAAGCGCCUCGCGGAUGCCGGAGAGAUUGUCCUCGUACCGUCCAAGACAGUACACGCCAUAAAACCUCCUUCGGCGGGAGGUGGCAACCAGAUGUACAAGAGAAAGACAAGAAUGGUGAUAUGUGGCAAUUACGUCAGUAAUGAGGUUGAAGUCUACACGGCCGCGGCCAACGCGGAAUCAGUGCGAGUGGCGUUGUCACUCGCGGCGCAUCGUCGGUGGUUCGGCGCGGUUACCGACGUGAACAGCGCCUUUACCCUGGCGCCUAUGGAUGAAGCGUCGGCCAGGUACGGAAUUACUGUACCGAAAGUCGUUGUGGAGGCAGGUCAGCAAUGCAUGUUUGUCCAGAUGGAGACAGACCCUGCGGUGUGGAGGCUGGUAGCUUGCAAUGACCGGAGCAUUACCCUGGCGUUGAUGGUGAUCUAUGUGGAUGACGUCAUGAUGCUGGGACCAGAGCAAGUGGUCAAGGACAUCUAUGAGUGGCUCACAGUGGGUGUGGAGGAGGACAAGGGCUGGAAAUGCUCACCAAUGGAGUGGCUGGGGAAGGCUCCUGUUCGCUACUUGGGCACGGACAUUCGGCGGAAAGACGGAUCUCUCACCAGCUUUCACGUGUCACAGGGCAGCUAUGUGGGCGAGCUCCUGAAGAGCUAUCCAAUGGAGGCGAGUAGACCUUCGCAAGUUCCAGCUACCAAGGACACCAUGCCUUCAUCGGAUGAUCAAGAUGAGGAGGAGGUAUCCGAGCAGGAGGGCCCAGAUCCGAGCCAGGUCAAGCAAGCGCAACGUAUGGCAGGAGAACUGCUAUGGUUGGUGACGCGUACUCGGCCGGACAUUGGCUAUGCUACGGCCCAUGUUUGUGCAACAGCUUUGAAGAGUCCUAUCGCUGCAAUACGACUGGGGAAAAUGGUGGUGAGAUACUUGGCCGCAACACCUACAUGGGGGCUGACAUACAAUGGAGUGGGAGGUGAUCGAAGCUUUGGCUGCGUGACAACAGCGACCUACGGUGGUUUCGCGGCAUGGCGUAUGACAAAACAGCCUACAGUGGUGUUGUCUGCAGCGGAAGCAGAGCUGGUGGAGCUAGUGAAUGCCAGUCAGCAAGCAGCCGGACUGCAAGCUUGGGUGGAGGAGGUGUCCCCUCAGGAUGCCGGAAAGCCGUUGAUCCUGAGGGUGGACAACACUGCAGCCUCUGGUCUGGCAACCACUUCGCCUGGAUCAUGGAAGACGAGGCAUUUGAAGGUGAAGGCAAGACACCUGCGGUUUGAGACCAACGAGGGCCGAAUCAAAGUGGUGCACACCCCAGGCGAGGUACAGGCAGCGGAUAUGGGUACGAAACCAGUGCCAGUCGCGAGGCUGGUGGAUCUGCGGAAGCUGUGGGGGAUGUGUGCCGCAGAAGACUUCGAGGCGGACGAGGAGGAGGUCAUUGUUCGGAGUCUAAAGGGCGGGGACUAUUAUGACCUACUGAGGAUGAUGGCGUGGAUGAUGAUGGUUUCAAGGAUUCCAGGGGUCAAGGCCACGGGCAUCUACAACAAGAAGCCUUUGGACUACGACGGCAGUGUGGAGUUUUAUGUACUCAUGUUGGUUGCUGGAAUUGCUUUGCUGGCGGUGUGGGAAGCUAUGCAGUGGGUGGCGCAAAGGCUAUUCGGGGAGGAUGAAGCCACCGUGACAAAGGCCAGAAAGCUGCUGAGGAUUCGGAACCAGGCCUCAAAGGCACUGCAACAGGAGUUGGAGUCGAUGAGUGCUAGCUCCUCAGACCCUAUCAACAUCGAGAAACCGUCGGUUGCCACACCGAAGGUUGCAACGACACCGCUAUCGGAGAUGUCGCAGGGCCCUAUGAAUGAGGCUACCAGGCACACGAGACCUACUACAAGGAUGCAAGAAGAUGAUCCGGACCUGAGGGCGGCUUUGGACACAGCAAGAGAAGGGGGAUUUCAAAGAUUGAGGACGCCCUUUGUGAUGUCAGAGCAUGGAGAUCGUCUUCACUUGGAAGCGGACUGUCAUGGUUUGUGA